CGAAAGCGUUGGGCGGUGCAAGUGCGUUCGCGAAAUCACUGAUCGGUGUGCUCGGGGCGGCAUAUUUGAGGUUGGCCAGUGUUACGGCAGUAGACAGCAAUCGUGUGUGGAAAAGUGAAUGUGAAGUUAUUGUAGAGGUCCUUUAGUGAACCAUGACAGCAUACUCCAUGAUGAGUGUCGUGUUCUUCCUCAUCUUGCUGCUGGUUACAACACCAGCACACUCCUUCGCUCACACCAAACACUCCCAGCCCGAAGCAAGUAAUCUUACCGUCGGGAACUUCAUCGACUUCUCCCAAUGGUUGGGUAUCGACUAUGGUCAACCGACUCUUCGCAAACGUUACGAUUACGUUAUAGUCGGUGCAGGUCCCGCCGGAAGUGUCCUGGCGACGAGACUCACCGAAGAUCCAGCCGUGACGGUGCUGUUGCUUGAAGCUGGCCGUGCGGAGAUACCUCUCGUGACCACCGUCCCACUUGGGGCUCCGAAUCUUCAAUCCACCGACUACAACUUCGCCUAUGAAUCUGAGGUUCAAACGCGCGGCUGCCUUGGUCUGUGGGAUCGCAAGUGUAGUUGGCCGCAUGGUCGCGGUGUCGGUGGGUCCUCUAUCAUCAACUACAUGAUCUACACGCGCGGGAACCGACGGGACUACGAUGCUUGGGCCGCGGCCGGCAAUCCGGGCUGGAGCUGGGACGAGAUGCUGCCGUACCACAUCCGCUCGGAACGUGCGAACAUUCGAGACUUCGAUCGGAAUGGGUUCCACGGUCGGGACGGUCCACUCUCCGUCGAGGACUGUCCGUACAGAUCAACAAUUGCAACCACCUUCGUCGAAAGUGCACAGCAAGCGGGCUAUCCUUACCGCGACUACAAUGCCGGUGACCAAAUCGGAGUGUCUUUCCUUCAAGCCAACACGCUACAGGGUCGUCGUGUUACCAGUGGCAAUGCUUACCUCUACCCUGCCCGGAAGCGUCCCAAUCUGCACAUCCUUACCCGCGCCUGGGUGACAAAGGUGCUCAUCAAUAAGGCUACCAAAGAAGCUACGGGUGUGGUAUUUGUUCGAGACGGCAAAACAAAGUCGGUAAAAGCUCAAAACGAAGUUAUUCUGUCGGCGGGAGCGUUUGAAAGCUCCAAGCUGCUGAUGCUGUCCGGAAUUGGUCCGGCGGACCAUUUACAAUCGUUGGGCGUUCCCGUGCUGCAGGAUUUACCGGUGGGAGAACUGCUCUACGAACACCCGGGCGUGUUUGGGCCGGUAUUUAUCGUCCGCAAGCCGAUCGAUAAUUCGAUCACCCUGGAUGGAGACAUCAACUUUAGCAACUUCAUCCAGUACCUGAAAGGGCGAGGCGUGUUCACAACCAACUCGGUGGAGAGUUUGAUGUACGUGAAGUCUCCGGUGGCCGCGAGUCCCGAUCCAGGCUUGCCGGAUGUGGAGGUGAUGCAAGCGUUCUCCUCGAUUGACUAUGACACGGGUACUGGAACACCAAGGGCUUUCCGGUUAACCAACACCACGUUUGAGGGUUACUUCCGUCCGAUCAUGAAUGUGCGAUCGUUCCAGUAUCUACCGAUGCUGCUGAAACCGUACACACGUGGCAAACUUCGGCUCAAGUCCACCAAUCCUUUCCAUCAUCCCGUAUUCCAAUAUCGCUACUUCGAAGACGAUCGAGACAUUGAAGCCCUCGUGUACGGUAUGCAGGAGGCGAUCCGUGUUACCUCCCAGGAACCCUUCCGUCGCAUCGGUGUCGAGCUGUACCGCAAGCAAGUCCCUGGCUGUGAGCAGUAUCCGUUCGGAACUCAUGAGUAUUGGCGAUGUCACGUCAUGACCUUGACGGCUACCUUCCACCAUCAAGUUGCAACCUGCAAGAUGGGUCCACCGAGCGAUCCGGAAGCGGUCGUAGAUCAUGAGCUACGGGUGUACGGCAUGCGAAGGCUACGGGUCGUCGACAUCGGCGUAGUCCCAUUCCCGUUCACAGCACACACGUCCGCUAUUGCGUUUGUGAUCGGUGAAAAGGCAGCUGACCUGGUACGGGAUGCGGCCAGAAAGGAGGACUACAGAAGCAGGGAAAAGCAUUCCUCCCGACCUCCUGCCCAUUCCUUCCUCUGGUCACCAUUCGAAUGGUCAUUCAAAUAAACAAAUGGGCGUUGUCAGGCGGACAGCUGCGUGACCUUUCACCUACACGCAUUUUACCUCUUAAGGAAUAGUAACAAUAAUCUCAUCACCCAAGGAAAAAGGUCAUCUCGCGAGGAGCGCACUAUGUACAAAACAGCUUCAUCCCGAUUAAGAUUGACCCCGUGCUGGAUUCCUUCGAGUGGCUUCCAUAAAUCCUCCGAAUCGGUGUUAAAUAAUUCGGUACGGCGCGAUUUAACGCAAAACCGAAAAACCUUGGCUCCCGUAGUGCUUUGCUCCCGUUGAUUCGGUUGCGGUGCGGUUGGUGUUUCGUAAUGCCAAAAAUUAUGUUACAAUCUUGGUGUACCGUACGCAGAGGCGCCAGGUGCGAGCUGGUAAUGUAAAAAAUCCACUGCCACACAACGGCAAACGGCGUGGAUAAAUGAACCGAAGCAUUAACAUUGGUGGGAGCGGGCAGUUCGCAUUAUGCUCGGCCACAGCUAUGCCCUGCAGCGGCCACUUGACGACAUUCUUUGCGUACACCGGUGCAAGCUACGCUCUGGCUGUGGCAACAGGCGUCAACACCAUUUGACUAAUCUACUACACGUUUGCCCGAUCCACCUAUGAGCCGUUGUGGGUGGGUUGGAUACCUUACUCUCAAGCCGUUACAAUAUUUUUUUCUCGUUUACUAACUCUUUUUCAGGAAUUAUAUUGUCUAUUCUAUUGCUAUUGAAUAUUGUAUAAAACAACGUGCAUAAGCAACCAUUAUGGAAAUGUAAUCUACCCUCGAAAUUGAAUUACAAUUGUAGCCACUAAAUAAAGUAAGACUAGGUUAUUGAUAGCACGCGAUCGCAAAUGAUCGAGUCUAUCUCUUUAGCAUAGUGUGAAGGGUAUAUACAGGAGUCUACUGGUAAGGACACACGCAUAACAGAGUAGUGUAAAUAAAGCGUCUAACCUAUCGAU